AUGGUGACCCCAUCCAUGCCCACUCGUGGAGAUCGAACGGCUCCAACCUUUGACCCCCAUCAACCCCACGAAUUGAGCCGAUAUUUUGCCAAUCUUGACUUCCACUUCGUUUGGUCUGUGACAUUCAAGGAGUUCUGUGAAGAAGUCUACAGACUGUACCCCGGAUUGGAGGAAGAGCACAAAUGGUCGGUAUCAGAUAUGGACAAGCUAGUCAGCGAAACGAGCAGGGUUGGCAUCUUGUCUCUCAGCGAACUCGGCAACUAUCAUCGGCAAUUCCUGGCGAUCACGGUAUUCCUCCUCAGCAAGGCACAAAUCUUGGUCGCCGAACAAGGACGCGCCUUCGCUAAAGGAUUCCAACCGGAGCUAUGGGCAAGAAUCUCUCAACGUCUACAACUCAAGUUCCCCGAUCAUUUCCCAGACGACCCCACCACGUCCGCCUACAGUACGACCUCUACCAAUGUCUCUCGAGCAGCCCCUGUCACGCCGCCCACCAACGCAAUCAAAGCCAAAGACCUGGCAACCAUGUUCGAACAACUCACCGACACUUUUGUCAAGGCCAUCGCAGCUCAGGGGACGUCCAGGCCAGCCAAUCGACCAUCUCGACAGCCAGGACAAGGAGGCGACAACUGCAUGUUCUGCGGCAGUCCCGAACAUUUCAUGCGUGCCUGUCCAGAGGUCACCAAAUACAUUCGGAUUGGCAAAUGCAAGAGGAAUAUCGAGGGGAAGGUUGUAUUGUCAAGUGGGGCAUUCGUACCCAGAGAAAUCACAGGACAGUUGGCGACUGGACAGAUGAUGUUCACGGUAAAUGCAGCACCGACUCACCCCUCAUUUCUGGAUGUCACCCCGACUUACCAACUCACCAACGUCCAGCGAACCGCAAGCCUUGAACGCGAACUAUUUGCGCUCCGAACGCGGGGCAGGAAGGCACCCAAGGACGAUGCUCCGAUCCACCCAUACACCAAAGCCCAGGACGCCACUUAUGCACCACCGCACGAGUGCAACAUGGGAGCCCCAGCAAAGAUACCAUCGGCAAAAAAGGAUGCGCCAGCCUACAAGACUACGGCGCCGAUCUAUGAUGAGAAGGUCAGGGAAGCCACAUCAGCGCACCAAUCACCUACCAAAGACGCCAGCAAUGUUUGGACCUUCUACCAAGAUGCUGAUCUACCCUACGCCAUCGACAAUCUCAAACCACCGACUCGACCGACCGUCUCCUCCUUUGUCAAUGUCCUGCACCAGCCUGAAACACCUCCACCUGGUGCGAUCAUCAUCCCUGACACGUACGAAACAUAUCUGAAGAGUCUACAGCCUGGUCAGGUUCCUCAGCUGUUGAUAGUCGCUAAAGAAUCUUCAGCCCUAAGGUCCAUUGUUCCCCUCGUUGAUCACUAA